CUUUAUCUGAUGUUCAUGGAAAUUUUAUCUUGAAUGGAAAUUUUGUUGUAAGCAUGUCAAAAAGAGAAAUCAAUAUACAAGGAGCCAUUUUUGAGUACAGUGGUUCAAACCAUACGAUAGAACGAAUUAACAGCACUGAUAGAAUCGAAGAAGAGCUAACCUUACAGGUGUUUUUUAAUUUAUACAACCCUGAUGUGCGUUAUUCAUUCAAUAUCCCAAUAGAAGACAGAAAUGAUCUUUUUACGUGGGAUCCUUAUGGACCCUGGCAAGACUGCAGCAGGAUGUGCCAAGGUAUUCGAAGAAGAAGAAUGACAUGCGUACGUAAAAGUGAUCAUGUGGUAGUGUCUGAUCAAAGAUGUGAACUUAUACCCACUGUACCAGAUGUCUUUGAGGAGUGUAAUACAGAGUGUGAAUUAAGGUGGCACAAUGUUGGCAAAAGUGACUGCACAUCAAAGUGUGGCCCGGGGUAUCGGUCUAUAGAGAUCCACUGCAUGAAGUACUCUAUUUCAAAAGGACUCAGUGCCCCGGUGGAUGAUAAGUACUGUGCUGAUCAGCAGAAACCGCCAACCAGAGAGCCCUGCCAUGGUGACUGUACGUUAACAAGUUGGCACUACACAGAAUGGUCAGAGUGUUCCAGGAGCUGUGAAAGAGGUGUCAGAACCAGAGAAGCUUUUUGUAUGAACAAUUUGGGUCGUCAUCUUCCUGACAGAGAAUGCCAGGAACUUUCAAGAGUUGUAACACAGAGCUGCAAUGAAUUCUUAUGUCCAAGCUGGUCUGUUAGUGAGUGGAGCGAGUGUCCUGUGACAUGUGGCAAAGGAAUGAAGCAUCGUCAAGUGUGGUGCCAACUUAAUGAUGAACAACUGAGAGAUGAUUUCUGUAAUCCAAAUGAUAGACCAGAAUCAAUAACACUGUGUGAACUUCAUGAAUGUGCAUCUUGGCAAGUAGGGCCUUGGGGAUCAUGUGCAGUAACGUGUGGACGUGGAUACCAAAUGCGUGCAGUCAAAUGUGUUACUGGGACUUACAGAGUUAUUUUGGACGAUGACAGGGAAUGUAAUGCUGCUACUCGUCCUAGAGAUAACCAAGAAUGUGAAUUGCCCUCUUGUCCAGAAAAUACAAAACUGUGGACUACGUCGCUUCCUCUAGUUCAUGUGGGGAAGGUGACCCAAUGGAGAUAUGGAUCAUGGACCCCAUGCUCUGCAUCUUGUGGGAAGGGUGAUCGUGCUCGCUAUGUGAGUUGUAGAGAUGCUCAUGGAGGAAUAGCAGAUGAAUCUUUCUGUGCUCAUUUACCACGACCAGCUGAAAUUUCAAGCUGCUUUAGCCCAUGUGGAGAGUGGCAAGUUGGAAAUUGGUCCCCUUGCACAGUUACAUGUGAUAGUGGAAUAGUAACAAGGCAAGUUAUCUGUGUCAACUAUCACCAACAAAUCAACGAGAAUUACUGUGAUCCUGAAGGCCGACCUUCCAAAGAACAAGAAUGUAACAUGCCACCAUGUCCACCAUUUUAUCAUCAUAUUCCGAAAAUACAUGACAAUCCAAGCCAUUUUCCAGAAAUGGGUUACCUUCCAGUACACCAUCCACAAGACAAUAUAAACCAGUGGAACCAUCCCUCUGUGGGAGGAUAUCAGUGGAGAACUGGACCCUGGGGAGCAUGCUCUAGUACUUGUGCAGGUGGAUUUCACCGUCGAGUUGUAGUAUGUCAAGAUGAGGAAGGAAGAAGUGCUAGUUAUUGUGAUGAGGCAACAAAACCUCCAGAGUCAAGACACUGUGAUUCUGGACCCUGCCCACGAUGGAACUAUGGGAACUGGGGAGAAUGUACUCAAACUUGUGGAGAUGGAAUAAAGACAAGACUGGUGAUUUGUCAGCUUCCUACUGGCCAAAUGUUGGGUGAUCAAAACUGUGAAAUUCUAGACAAGCCACCUAAUAUGGCACAAUGUAAUGUGCAUUCUUGCCCUGGUGAUGUUUCAUGGCAUCGGGGACCAUGGAAAUCGUGUUCUGUUUCCUGUGGAAAAGGUUUGAAGUUUCGUGAUGUGCAUUGUUUUAAUAGCUUGCAAGCUAAAAUAGAAGAAGGAAACUGCAGACAUUUGAAAAAACCACGGACAUACAAAAUAUGUAGAGCUGGAAGAUGUCCUGCUUGGAAGGCCAGCAGAUGGAGAGAGUGCUCUGUGUCCUGUGGAGUGGGGAUUCAGCAAAGGGAUAUCUACUGUCAGCUGAAGGGCCUGGGUCAAGUCAGCGAAGCAACGUGUAACCGUGAUACCCGGCCCGCUAGCAAGAGGCAUUGCUGGCUGCCUGCCUGUGUGCAGUACCGGUGGUUGGCAGAUGAAUGGGAGGAUUGCUCGGCAUCAUAUAGAAGAAAGGAAAUAUACCGGAAGGUUAAGUGUGUGGAUGAAAACCAGCUCCAAGUGGAUGAAAGCUUCUGUAAUCCUGCCACAAAGCCUCCAUCAACCAAAAACUGCAGGACAGCUCCCUCUAAAUACGUUGUGCUUACAGGAGAACUGUCACAGUGCUCAGCAAGCUGUGGAUUUGGUUACCGGCAGAAGAUCACAUACUGCGUUGGAAUCCACUCUGUUCAAAAUCAGCAUGCCCAUGGCCUUCGAGCUGUAGCGUACCGAGAAUGCCCGGUGGAGCCAUCCCCAUACAUUUAUAAAUGUAAUAUCAAAGGAUGUUCACAAGCAGCUACCUGGAGAGCAGGAAAGUGGACCAAGUGCUCAGUGUCUUGCGGAGUGGGGGUAAAGGAGAGAACCGUAAAAUGUACAACUGAAAAUGGCUUAUCCAGUGACUUGUGCCUGCCACGUUUAAAACCAGAGGCCAGAAAGAUUUGCCAUGAAGAAGAAUGUGAAAUUUUUACCACCUGCAAAGAUAUCCAGGUCAAAAAAGGGAUUAGAAAGGAUGGUGAAUACCUACUUAACAUUAAGGGAAGGAUGAUAAAGAUUUAUUGCUCAGGCAUGCACUUAGAGAAUCCCAAAGAAUAUUUGACAUUGGUAAAAGGUGAAGCAGACAACUUUUCUGAAGUAUAUGGAUUCAGGUUGCAGAAUCCAUAUGAAUGUCCUUUCAAUGGAAGCAGAAGGCAAGACUGUGCCUGUCGAAAUGAUUACCUUGCAGCUGGCUUCACGGUUUUUAGCAAAAUAAGAUUUGAUGUAGCCUCCAUGCAAGUUAAAACCACAGAUUUUCUUUUUGCUCAGACUAUACUUGGGAGAGCAGUUCCGUUUGCUACAGCUGGAGAUUGCUACAGUGCUGCCAGAUGUCCACAGGGACAGUUCAGCAUUAAUUUGGCUGGUACAGGUCUGAGAAUAUCCAGUACAGUUAGGUGGCUUGCUCAGGGCAACUAUGCAGCUGCUGACAUACAGAAAUCCCACGAUGGUACUAAAAUAUAUGGAAGAUGUGGAGGAUUCUGCGGAAAAUGUAUUCCUAACACAAUUAUUGGUCUCCAACUUCAAAUGCA